UGAGGCUGGCGCUGGCGGCGCGCUGUGCGAGAGGACACAGGAUGGGCUCCAACUACCCGCGGAGUGUGCGCCGCUGCCUGCCCGCGUGCGUCUUGGGGGUGGAGGUAGUUCUCGUUCUCAUCUUCGCCUUUUUUACCUCCUAUGACCCUUCUCCAAAGGAUCAGAAAAUGGUCUUGGGCGCCUAUCAAGUCCUCCAGGAUUUUACCAUCGCCGCGGCCCUUGGCUUGGGCUUCCUCACUUCCUAUUGGCGGAGACAUAGCUGGAGCAGCGUGGCCUUCAACCUCUUCAUGCUGGCCCUUGGUGUGCAGUGGGCAGUCCUGCUGGAUGGCUUCCUGAGCCAACCCUUCCCCAGGAAGGUGACCAUCAACCUGUCCAGUAUCCGGCUGGCCACCAUGAGCGCCAUGUCAGUGCUGAUCUCGGCGGGCACCAUUCUGGGGAGGGCCAACUUGGUGCAGCUGUCAGUGAUGGUGCUGGUGGAGGUGACAGCCUUUGGUGCCAUGAGACUGACCUACAAGCAAGUCUUCAAUCUGGACGACCACAGAAGCAUGAUGCACAUCCACGUGUUUGCAGCCUAUUUUGGGCUGGCUGUGGCCUGGUGCCACUCAAGUCCUCUUCCCCAGCAGAAGGAAGUGCAGGAAGAAAAUGUUCCGGUGUCCAGAAGCACCAGUAUGUUUGCCAUGCUUGGGACCCUCUUCUUGUGGAUGUGCUGGCCAAGUUUCAACUCUGCUCUGCUGGACAUUGCAAAUGAAAAGAAGAAUGCUGUGUUCAACACCUACUAUGCCCUUGCGGUCAGCACGGUGACAGCCACCUCAGUGUCAGCCUUGAUUCACCACCAAGGGAAGAUCAACAUGAUUGAUAUCCACAAUGCGGUGCUGGCAGGAGGUGUGGCUGUGGGUGCCUCGUGUCACCUGAUUUCCUCUCCUUGGAUUGCUAUGGUGCUGGGCCUUUUGGCUGGGUUGAUCUCUGUCGGGGGAGUCAGAUGCCUGCCGGUGUGUUUUAACCGUGUGCUGGGGAUUCAGGACCAAAGUGGCGUGCACUACACUUUCGGCUUGCCAGGUCUGCUGGGAGGGUUCACUUACAUGGUGCUGAUAAUGCUUCAGGCCUCCGGGAAACCUAGGGCUGGCUAUGUGAUGCUCAUCGACGCUGGGGCUCUCAGCUUUGCUUUGGCGAUGGGUCUGGGCUCUGGUUUCCUAACAGGUUUUCUCCUAAAGCUCAGAAUAUGGAGAGCACCUCCUGUGGUUAAACAUUUUGAUGAUCAAGCUUUCUGGGAGUUUCCUCACUUGGCUGCUGGAUUUUAAGCAAAAGCAUCCAAAAAUAACAAGACUACUGAUCUUGGAAACAUGACAACUUCCUUUUCCUGUCACCCACCUGUUUGUAUGUGACCCUCAUUACAGCAAAGUCUCUAUGUACAAUGAAACAAAGUCAGAUAAACUUGGUAUUUUUAAAAGAUUGCAAACUUUUUAAAGUGGCAAUUUAAUAAAGUUUUAAAUAAUG